AUGGCUCACCGAUCGAGGCCACCUACCUCCUACAGCACCUCGGCAGGCUCAUCGUACCCGACGCACAGCUAUAGGUAUGGCGAGUACAACACAACUACGACGUCCCGUCCAAAGACACGUCGAAGCACUGGUAGGCCUUCGACAGCUCGCCCAAGGACAGGUGCAUCUACCAUUGCCCGUGUCGAAGCUCAGACCGUUAUCUGUGCCGUCGCCGAGUCUCGCGGCAUUUCACCAACAGUUGGCAUAUCCUUUGUCAACAUGGACACUGGAGAAGCUGUGCUUUGUCAGAUAUGCGACAGUCAGACCUACGUCAAGACGAUUCACAAACUACGUGUCUAUGGCCCAUCCGAGAUCCUUAUCGUGUCCACAUCUGCCAGUCCCAAAUCGAAGUUGUUCUCAAUUAUUGACGAAAAUUUGGAACUCAUGGAUAGCAAGAUGACACUUCUAGACCGCAAGUACUGGGCUGAGAGUGCCGGCUUCGAUUACAUUAGGACGCUAGCACUUGACGACGACGUAGAGGCCAUCAAGCUCUCGGUUUCUGGCAGUUACUAUGCGGUUUGUUGCAUAGCUGCUGUGCUGAAGUACACUGAGUUGGUUCUCGGAAUCAAAUUCCCGUAUCAUUCGCUAAGGAUGAAGUACGAACCAUCAGAGGGUUCUAUGCUGAUCGACGUUUCCACCAUAUACUCACUCGAGCUUGUUCAGAACUUGCAUAAUCCGAAGUCAAAGGACUGUUUGUUCGGCCUUCUCAACGAGACGCAGACUCCGAUGGGAGGUCGACUUCUUCGCAGCAACGUCCUCCAGCCGCUUACUGAUACCGACACCCUGAACAAGCGAUACGAUGCUGUAGACGAGCUUCAGGUGAAGGAGGACAUUUUCCAUGGCACACGUUCGGCAUUGAAGAACUUUCUGGAUGCGGACAAGAUACUGACGGCUCUCAUCAUCAUUCCGACCAAACCAACUAUACAGACUACGGAACAGAGUAUCAAUCAGGUUAUCAUGUUGAAGCAGUUCAUCACCUCAGUCUCGCCCAUAUAUGAAGCGCUCACUGGAGCACGAAGCUGGAUGUUGAACAAUAUUCGCGAACUCUGCGCCCCUGAGAACAUCGUGUCGGUGCACGACCUCAUCAACAACUAUAUCAAUGAAGACACCACAUAUGCAAAGCAGCCGCUUGAGCUCCGGAACCAGCGCAACUAUGCGGUCAAAUCAGGAGUCAACGGUUUGCUCGAUGUAGCACGAACAACCUACAAAGAAUCAAUGGAGGAUGCCUAUCAACAUGCCACAGAACUGAGUGAGGAAUAUGACAUCAAGCUCGAUCUCAAAUACGAGGCUGGUCGGAACUUCUACCUUCGAAUACAUACGGCAGAGCUAGAGGACAAGGUCCUUCCGCCAGUAUUCACAAACGUGUUCAAAAAGAAAAAGAUGGUCGAAUGUCAGACUGUGGAGUUGAUGAAGAGGAACCAGAAGAUCAACGUCUCUCACCAAGAGGUCGUGUUGAUGAGCGACGAGGCUGUCCAGAUUCUUAUUGAGGAAGUGCGUGGUCACAUGUCAGCGCUCUUCAAGAUUUGCGAAGCGAUUGCGAUGCUCGAUAUGCUGUCUGCCUUCGCUCAUCUUGUGACUAUUAACGAUUACGUUCGCCCUCGCAUCGGUGAUACCCUCGGCAUCAAGGCAGCAAGGCACCCGAUCCGCGAGAAGAUCAUGCAGACAAAGUUCAUUCCAAACGAUGUGUAUGCUACGCAACAAUCCCGCUUCCAGAUCAUUACUGGCUGCAACAUGAGCGGAAAGAGCACCUUCAUUCGCUCGGUCGCCCUCCUGUGCAUUAUGGCUCAAGUGGGUAGCUUUGUUCCCGCAAGCACCGCAUCCUUCCCGAUAUUACAUAACCUCUUUGCCAGGAUUGGCAUGGACGACAGUAUCGAAAGCAACGUGUCUACAUUUGCAGCAGAAAUGCGGGAGAUUGCUUUCAUACUGCGGAACCUUGAGCGGCGGAGCAUGGCUAUCGUUGAUGAGCUUGGCCGCGGCACCAGCACCCGCGACGGCCUUGCCAUCGCUAUUGCUAUCGCCGAGGCUUUGGUUGAUAGCAGGGCUUUGGUGUGGUUUGCAACCCAUUUCAAGGAUCUGGCCACCAUUCUCUCCGAGCGCAACGGUGUCAUCUGCCUUCAUCUUGCUGUUGAGAUCAGUAACGACGAUACUAUGACAAUGCUCUACCGCGCCGUCGAAGGCUCUGUGCAAGAAUCCCAUUACGGUCUUGCCCUUGCCCGCCUUGUGCCCUUGCCAUCACAAGUUCUCUCCGACGCCGCCUACUUCGCACACAAGCUUGAGCGCCGCCUUCAUCAGAAGAAGAAGACCUCCAAGAACGUCAUCGCCGAGCGCCGUCGCAAGCUCAUACUCGACCUCAAAGAGCAUCUUGUACAAGCGUACAAAGGCACGUUAGAGGGUGAUCUGUUAGCUUCAUGGUUGAAAGAGUUACAGAAGGAGUUCGUCAAUCGAAUGACAGCUAUCAACGAGGAAGAGAAGGGUGCUGUAGAAAGCGAGGAGGAAGAGGACGAUGUGGAGAUGAGGGAGGAGGAUUUGGGUGACGAUGAGAUGAUAGAUGCUGGGAAUGACUCGCGUGCUACGGCGACGGAAUCUCGCGAGCGACCGCCGACAGUGAUCUCGAUUGAUUCGCAGGUGUCGUCAUCUACGGGAUCGUUGUCGACGAUCAGGCCGGCUCCGGAAACGAUGUCAUCGGUCCGAGCAGUCUCAGAAAACAUGUGGUAA